AUGGUCGCCUCUGCCCGCGACCCCUCCGGCGACGAAAAUCAGGAGAACCCAGAGGGGCGGCGCCGCCGCCUCCAGUUCUCCGUCGGCCCCACUCAAGCUGGUUAUUUCUUCUCAGCUCCAGCUCCCUUCCUCCAGCAGCUGCUGUUCCAGAAGCUCCGGGCUGUUGGGUCCUCGGCUCCCAGGGGCCCUACAGGGCGGCGGGCAGCUGUGGAGGGGCGAGGGGAAGGCGAGCCUCGGGCCGGCAGCGCGCAGCUCUGCGGAGCGCGGCGCGGGGACCUUACUCGCUGGGUGGAAGAGGGGGCGCUAGCGGGCAGGAGGCCUUGCCCGGGUGCCGGAGCGGGCGCGCGGCGAGCCCCAGGACGCCCCGGCUAUGGGGCGGUGCCUGGGCAGCCCCUCGGGGGCGCGCCCUCUGUAGCUUUUGGCUGGGAACCAGGCUGCCGCCUCCGAGCAGCCCUCCGCAGCGCUGCCUUCGAGCUACGGGUGGAGGCCCGGGAGGCAGGCGAGGGAAGCGGGGGCGUGACUGAGGCGGUGAAGUAG